AGCUGUAAUACGACAUAGUCGUGCGGUCUCAGUUUGUAAUAUUUUAGGCUUAGGAAUAACGCGUAAUUAUAAUUUAAAACACAAAAUGGGUGAAAAUACGGCAGACAAUGUUAAAACAAAUGGUUUUGAAAGCAAAACUCCUUUUCUAAUUGGUGUUGCAGGCGGCACAGCAAGUGGCAAGUCAACAGUAUGCCAAAAAAUUAUGGAGAAGCUGGGUCAGCAACAGAAACAGCAAACAGAUCGAAGAGUUGUCUGCAUCAGCCAGGACUCAUUCUACCGUAGUCUCACUCCAUCAGAACGACUUCGCGCUGAGAGAGGGCAGUUCAACUUUGACCACCCGGAUGCAUUUGAUGACAAAAAGCUGCUUGCGGUGCUCAAAGAUAUUCUUGCUGGCAAGAAAGUUGAGGUUCCUGAGUACAAUUAUAUUACAAAUUCUAUCAGCGACCGCUCCCACACCAUCUACCCGGCCGAUGUGGUGCUUAUCGAGGGCAUACUGGUGUUCUACUUCCCCGAGGUGAGGGAUCUCUUCCACAUGAAGCUAUUUGUGGACACAGACUCCGACACCAGGCUCGCCAGGAGAGUUCCGCGUGAUAUAAUGGAGCGGGGACGUGAUCUGGAGCAGGUCCUCAAUCAGUACAUGAACUUUGUGAAGCCUGCCUUCGAGGAGUUCUGCCUACCGACCAAGAAGUUUGCUGACGUGAUAAUCCCGCGCGGAGCAGACAAUAUAGUUGCCAUCGACUUAAUCGUCCAGCAUAUUUCGGAGUAUCUGAAGCGGAGUCCCGACGCCAAGCAGAUGUUAGACUACGCUGGGAUAUCUUCGGUUCCCGGCAGUCCACAGCGCACGGGGAAAAGCGGCCGCCCCCACUAAACGCGCAUUUAGUCCAAUGAUGUCAUAUCUCACAAAAUAUUUGUUCUGCACCCUAAAAGAGUUCACAGCAGUUAAGAUGUUAGCGACUUAUCCAUUCAAACUGUACAUUGACUAAUUGCACAGAAAUGAUUAAAUCUAGUUGCUAUAGCUACUAGUGACAGUGCAAAGCUCGUGAUAAACGUACUGUUUGGAUGUAUAGAUUAACAUCUGUUGCCACACAAUAUUUGGCCAACUUAAAGAAAGUGUGUGUGUUGUUAUGUAUGCACGCAAGAAGUUAUACUUCUUUGGCCUACCGAAACAAAAAUCAUUAAAAUGAUUUAUUACUCGUGCUAUUCUACGUUUUUAAAAAGAAAAUUUGUAAAAAUCUUGCAAAGAUGUCUUUGACAAUUAAUUAUUAAAUAAUAUAUACGGCUGUAUGGGCUUAAACCCUUUGCCUGUCCUAAUAAUGGACUAAGAAACCAAAAAAAAAACGAAUGACGCAAACGUCACAAAAUUUUAGGAAACAACUUCAACCUGUUACUUUUGUGUUACAGUGAUGCGCGCGCAUCUUAAAAUUAUUAAUAUUUCACUGUCAUAAUUUUUCAUAACGCGCCAAAAGAAGUAUAACUUCAAAAAAAUCCUAGAAGGAUAGUGAGGUACCAAAUAUUAAAAAUAAAGGUCCGAGGACUUAUAAAAUAUUAUAUUUAGAUUAUCACACUCUCUAGGGAUUUUGAGAUUCUAAACUUACUAAAUUCUAUAGAGUAAGUGAAUGACAAAAUGUGAAUGUAAAAAUUGAAAUUUAAUUUAGUAUGAAACGUGCAGUCAUUUGAUAAAAGUUUGAAAUAGUAGUAAUUACAGUAUGGCGAUUGGCCACGAAGUAUUAUCCGGUUAAGUUUGAAAGCGAAUAGUUGCUUAUAACGUAGUGGAUUUUGGCUAUAACCUUUUAAUACGAGAGCAGGCAUCUGCACGUUUCAUACAAUUGAGUGAAUCGAUUUUUUCUUAGAGAGUAAAACUAAGAAUAACUUUUCACUGGUUUAUUGAUAAGACAGUUUGUUUUUAUCAUACUUAUGUCACUACAGAAUGACAUGAAAGGGACACGUAAUUUUAAACUUUACACCGCGUUUAUUAAGAAGACAUUAACGGUUUAGUCUUUAUCUUAAAAAGUAUAAACUGUGAAUAUGUAGGAAAAUAUUUUUGCCGAAACUUCUAGUAGCCUAUUUAAAGUAUGCAUACAUCUUAAGUGUUAAUCUCGCUAUUCAUAACAUUUAAAAUAAUGAUUGAUUCUAUUAAUAUUCAGAAGCGAAAUUUAGAUAGAUAGGAGAGUGUGUAGUGCUUGUGACUGAGGGAGGUGCUGAUGAAAAGUAGUGCCGUGUGAUUAUCGACUAGUCUUUGCCAUAGAUCAUGUUUUAUGUAGAUGGAGCGUCAUGUCAGUCAUGAGAUUAUAAAUGAUGGCCUGUGAGGUAACAUUUCAUUGUUUUUAUAUUAUUAUUAUUAUUAAAUGUUAUUGUCCGCACUUUAAAAGACCGAUGGUCAAGAUAUAGCGCCAUUUUGUGUUUACAAAAAUUUGUGAUGGCUGCCGUGGCAUAUAAGAUAUACUCGAUGUCAUCACUUGCUUUAUAUUUUUUUACCACGAAUCUCUGUGAAGCAAAACUAUUUUGGCCAAAACAAUGAGACAAUCUGAAAUAUCUCUCCAUCUGCACUAGAUUAUGUAACUCGAAGAAGCUCAAUGGCUUUCGUACUUAUAUUAUAUUCCUAUAUGAGUUGAGUCCAGGAGUUUUGGCACUAAAAUGCCGCUGUGUUUCAAUUAAAUUAAUUAUUUUAUAAUUAUUAAUAAAUUAUUAAAAUAUUCACUAUAAUAUCAGGCCCUAACGAUACAUUAUUCAGUAUAACACAUAGUUAUGCUAUUUUAUUUAUUUGCAAAAUAUAUUUUACCGAAAUUUCAAUGUGAAAGUUAAAAAAUGAGUCGACUUUGAUUCCACAGUUCAAUGUCUGAAGUAAACUUCAUACUGCUCUAAUUUUGCAAGCAUUUUUUUACUGUGACUAACACACAUUUAUUGGGCCGCAACUCGAAUGCUAAACUCAUCUUUUGAAAGAAAUUUAUUCGAGUUACAACAGAUUUUUUGAUUAUUAAAAAACAAUCACCACAAUUAUUAUUCUAAGUAUAUUAUAUUAUUAUCUGUUUUUAUAUUGUUAUUGAAAACUGAUAUUGUUAGAGUUUUAUUAUUUAAGCAUUUGUAAUAGUGCUGACUAUAAUUACUUAUUUAAAGUAGUGUUGUUAAAAUGUUAUGUAUUUUUUUUUAUUCGUUGUCCUAAAAUGAACUUAUGACAGUCAAUUUAAAUUGACAGAUAUGUUAUGCAUUAUUUCUAUGUUGCCAUUACCAAAAAUAUUUUCGUUAUUUUAUCUAUUUAUUAGUUUUAGUGAUUUUGGGAGUUCGACAGCGUCUGGACUAUUUAAUGUUUAUUAAUUGUUGAAAGAGGUUGUGUUAUCAUUGAAGAGGCUUUGUUAGUAGAAUGUAAGUUUUGUAUUCAUUCUUUUUAAUGCACUGUGUUCGUCGCUAGUAGACUUUCAGUAAGUUUAAUUAUUUUUUUAGCAGCUUAUAUCUUUAUACCAAAGAAAAUUAAUUAUUCUAUAUAACAAUGUGAUUAUGUGUUGUAAGUUACUUACAUGUGGUAUUUUUGUUACUAAAAUAUAUUUUAUUGAUUGACAAUUCGUAUAAAUAUAUAUGUUAGGGCUGAUUUAUCAAACACUUACAAAGAUUGUCAAUUGUAUUAAUGUUUGUAUUGCCAAAGAUAGAUUUUUAUGUCUUUUCUAUGCGUUAGAAGAUCAUGCAGGCAUCUUGUGAUCUUAAUAUUUCUCUAGUGUCCCAGAAGAAUGUUGGCCCGUGAUGCUAACAAUGAUAAUAAUAAUCCAAGCAAAAAUAUUUGGAUAGGAAAAGCAUCAUAAUCGAAAAACUAUUCGAAAUGUUUUAUAAAUUGUAUAUAAUCCAAUUGCAAAAAUGAUUCACCUAAAAAUCCAUUUAUAAAACAUGUUACAACGUAUUAGCAGAUAAUACUAUAAUAACUAAAUAGGAGACAAAAAUAUGUUAUCUUAUAAAUAACAAACCAAUAUAUACUGUAAUAUUUAGAAUUUCGUUUACUGCCCUAACAUGUGUAUACUUCUUUGAAACUUUCUCUAAAUUCACCGUAAAUUUUAAACUCAAGUUUAUAUUCACUCACACGAAUUUCAUUAUUUUUUGACAUUACACAUUUAUGUAAGCGUGUACCUGAGAGUUGAACAAAAAGAUUUAUCAACGAUACAUCACUCGAACGGUUGGCUCAGUUGUAAGAGCGCUCGCACGGAACGCGAGAGGUCGCCGGUUCGUGUCGCGCAUCGUUCGUAAAUUUUGUUUUCGAAUUUUAUUUGUGUAAUUAAUCCCAGAUAUGAGGGUUAUCACUUUAAAACAUAACAAAUUGUUUAUUAAAUAGUAUAUUAUUUUGAUUCUCCUUCCCCUUAUCGUGUGACGUAAUUUAUAUAUAAUCUAAAUUUGAGUUAAAAGUAACGAUAAAAGCUACUUUAUCUAUAGUGCGAUGUAAUUGUGAGAUUGAAAUUACUAUUUAUAUAAUUUAAAUGACAUUAUUAAUUAUACCAAUAAAUUAUUUUUGUAUUCGUAUGUUUUUAAUAUAAGUGAAUUGUAUCGACUUCAACUGUUCUAACUAAUAUUAUAUCUCUGUACUUAUAGUGAGAAUAUUUGUAUGUGAGCCUUUCGAUUGUUGCUAAUAUAGCUGUUUUGUGGUUUGGAUUGGUAAAAACGUGUUUGUAAAAAAAAACAGUGUUUUUGCUCAAAUAAUUCGAGUCUUCAUGAAUGGCACAAAAUUAUAUUUAUGAAAAUAAAGCAGAUUUUUAUCGAGUCGAGUGGGAAAAGCGCCUCUUUAUAUUAAAUUAUGUAACUCUUACUGGUACAGGAGCGAUAUUACUAAAAUCUAAAUACGAAGUUUCGUUGAAGGAUCGUACAUUUUCCUAUUACGAAAGUGUUUCGGAUCCGAAGAUCGAUACGAAAUUCGCGAUUAGACAUUUUGUCUUUCGUUUACAUUUAUCCCAAGUCCACUUGAUAUUUACUUUUUCGUAGUUUGAGAUUAAUAAGGUCGUAACUACAACUUCACUUUAUAUACCUAGUUAUGUCUAUGGUUCCGAAACGAAAUCCGUCCGAACUACUCGGAUCCGACGUACGGUAAUAGGAUUUAAUUUGAAGUUCGUCGUUCUUUCGUUUCGGACGAAACUUCGGCUAUCGAUUUUGGUAAUAGACCUCCAAACUACCAUCUAGAAUUUGCCUAUAUUUAUCUUAGAUAAUUUAUACCUCUAUAUAGAGCCUGUUCCUCUCAUGCAACCGUAGAAAACAGGCCAGGCUUAUUACUUCAGUGUGCGUGCAUUGCUCAUUAAAGAGGUUAACUGUCUACCUCUUUCGACAUUUUCACAGAUGUCACAGUCCAUCUAGAGGUGUUUAAAUGAUCUUUUUACGUUUUAUUUUGUAAAUGGCCGCCAUGUUUGCUCAAAUUAUUUGGCAUUCACACGAAUCGGUAAGUAUUCCGUUACAAGGUAGUGCUUUGUAGUUUUCUCGAUAUUCUCAGACUAAAUCUCUAAGACGAAUAGUUCGCUUUAAGUACCUUUGUAGUAUAUAAAUAGAUGUGAAUUCAAGGAAACCCUGGAUAUAUUAGGGGACAGAAUGCUCCUCUUGUUGCCCAGUGUUCCUCUAUGUCACGCAGGAAAUUUUUCGUAUCACUGGGAUUAGUCAAACAUUAGGAGAUCAAAAUUUAUGACCGAUGCGCUUUUACCCUGAGCCAACCAUUCGAGUGACGCCACAACUUGAGAGUUGAACAAAGACAUGAAUUAUGAACGAUACGUCACUCGAACGGUUGGCUCAAUGGAAGAGCGCUCGCACGCAACGUGAGAUAUUGCGGGGAGGAGUCCUGCAUCGUACAAAAAUUUUGUUUUUAAAUUUAAUUUGUAUAAUUAAUCCUUUUGAUUAAAUUUAAUAAGGGUUAUCACUUUAAAAAGUAACAAAUUGAUUAGAAGAUCAUAUGGAAUGUCAUGUUUCUCGUUGAUGUAAUUCUGCACCGGCCACCUACUCAUUCGCUAAAUCAUCGGAAAUAAGUAUCUAUGUAGCGUUACGACCGAUCUGUAUAAAUACCACUGGAUAGGCUGUUCCGUACUAUGUUUGGCAAAUUGUUGGUCCUAUUUGUAGCGCCACUCGCGAGCGUCCAGAGAACUAAAUUUGACGUGUAAUACAAAUGGCUGCGACGGAACGUACAAUACUCUGAAGUAUUUUUGCAUUUUGAAUUAAUUUCGUUCGUUGUCCGUGUUAUUUAUAAUCCAAGAAUCAACGUUAUAAAGAUUUUUGUAUAUAGUUUCCCACCAUCUAUCGAUCGUUGUUUAGCUGAGGUCGUCAUCACUAGUUUAAAUACCACAGACUCUCGCUAUCGCCAACAGCGCUAAAAUGGCGCAUGUCAAACAGGCACAAAAGCAAUUUGACAGCCGCCAGUCAAGUGGUAGAUAGUAGAGGUCAGUGAGCGUUACUCUUAGUAGGCUGUCUAUGAACACUGGCUCGUGUGGACUUCGCUUUGAGAGAUUCAACGUUGUCGUUUACCGAUACCCUGCAACUGUCCCCUAAUAGAUCUAAGGAUAUCAAACAAUGCAACAAUUGUACAAAUUAUUAUUUCAUUUUUCAUAUUAAAAUAUUUUAUUUAAAAAA